AUGCAUGAGUUACUUCAAUCUUAUGUGGUAUACUUAGGAAGACAUCACCAUGGUCCUGAACUAUCGUCCGUCGAUCUCGAACAAGUUUCGGAACAACAUCAUGAAAUUUUGGGAUCUUUUUUAGGAAGUCGUGCAAAGGCAAAACAAGCCAUCUAUUAUUCAUACACAAAAAAUAUUAAUGGAUUUGCGGCUAACCUUGAUCAAGAAGAAGCACGAGAAAUCUCAAAGCAUCCAAAUGUUAUAUCGGUUUUUGAAGACAAAGGAAAGGAGUUGCAAACAACAAAAUCAUGGGAAUUUAUAGGAUUGGAGCACAAUGGUGAAGUUUUACCGGGAUCCUUAUGGGAGAGGGCAAGGUUUGGAGAAAAUGUGAUCAUCGGAAGUAUUGAUACCGGUGUUUGGCCCGAAUCGGCAAGCUUUAGAGAAGAAGGAAUGGGACCCAUUCCAUCAAAAUGGAAAGGUGGCUGUUACGACGACAUCACUGAAAAUGGAGUCCCAUGUAACAGGAAAUUAAUCGGAGCAAGGUACUUCAAGGAAGGAUGGGAAAUAAACACACAAAAUGUAAGCCCAGGAUACAUAACUCACGCGUACCAUAACACACGUGACAGAGGCGGUCAUGGGACCCACAUUUUAUCGACGACCGGUGGUCAUUUUGUAGAUGACGCCAAUAUGUUUGGAUUAGCCAACGGUACAGCAAAAGGUGGAUCCCCUAAUGCUAGAGUAGCGGCAUAUAAGGUAUGUUGGCCAGAGGCAGGGAUUCGUCCCGAGUGUUCAGAUGCCGAUAUCAUGGCCGGCAUUGAUGCUGCGAUACAUGAUAAUGUCGAUAUACUAUCGAUAUCGUUGGGUCAAGCGCCUAUUGAUUAUCUAUCAGAUAGUAUUGCCAUUGGAUCAUUAUAUGCUGUUAUGGAAGGGAUCACAGUUGUUUGUUCUGCUGGAAAUAAUGGUACUGAAGGUCAAGGUGGUGUUAACAAUGUCGCACCUUGGAUGAUAACUGUUGGUGCAAGCACCAUUGAUAGAGAAUUUCGAGCAGAUAUUGAACUUGGAAACAACUUAAUCCUUCAGGGCCAAAGUAUGUCUAGUCUCUCCUUACCAAAACAAAAGUUUUAUCCUCUCGUUGACGGUAGAUAUGCUGGAGAAUAUGAGGAUAUGGCUUCGACUUGCGAAGUGACUGGACUUAUUGAUGAGAAAGUAAAGGGGAAAAUUGUGGUGUGUCUUCGAGGAGGAUCAAUUGACAAAUUGAAAGCUUCAUACGUAAACGAAAUUGGUGGUGUUGGAAUUAUUCUAGUUAGCAAUAAGGAGGAUUUAGAUGAAAUACAUUUCGAAGCUCAUGAACUUCCGUCUAUACGUAUUUCUUAUUUUGAUGGUUUAAGUCUCUUUUCUUACAUGAAUUCUACUGAGUCUCCAGUGGGUUACAUCACAAAUCCAAGAACAGAAAUGAACAUAACUCCUGCACCAGUUGUUGCUUCUUUUUCUUCUACAGGGCCUAAUAGUAUUGCACCAGAAAUUCUCAAGCCUGAUGUUUUAGCACCAGGUGUGGAUAUAAUAGCUGCUUUCAACUAUAUUGAUGCACCUAUAAGUACCCGGUAUAACGAUAAAAAAGUAUUCAACAUUAUGUCUGGCACAUCAAUGGCAUGUCCUCAUGUUACUGGUGUUGUUGGACUUCUCAAAUCACUUCACCCUGAGUGGAGUCCCGCCGCAAUUAAAUCAGCAAUUAUGACUACUGCUAGAACCCGUAGCAACGCAAGAAGGCCAAUCCAAACUGUCUCAGGCGUUAGUGGUACUCCAUUCAGUUAUGGUGCAGGACAUAUACGACCGACUCGUGCAAUGGAUCCAGGGUUGGUGUAUGACUUAGCUGUUCAUGAUUACUUAGAUUUCUUAUGUUCAACUGGUGCAAACAUAAAUCAAGUCUCCAAUUUUGCAAACGACGGCUAUAAGUGCAAGAAAAUUCGUCUUGUAAACUUCAAUUACCCCGCCAUCACAAUUCCUAUACUCUCAAGACCAGUUACUGUUACUCGAACCGUUAAGAAUGUCGGUUCUCCUGGUACGUACAUUGUAAAAGCUAUUGCACCCUUGGGAGUCACAAUGAAUGUUAAACCAAAGCGUUUGAAGUUUGAAAAGAUAGGUGAAGAUAAGACAUUCAACGUUACUUUGAAAGUUAAGAGAGGUUAUGUGAUAGAGAAACCUGUAUUUGGGAAGCUUAUAUGGUAUGAUGGUGUUCACUAUGUAAGGAGUCCUAUUAUAGUCAUGGAAGGAAAGCAAAAGUCUAGUUAA